AGGGUGAUCCCAUUCGCAGUGCCACCGGUCGCCGCCUAUACCUUGCAUCAACAUACUCGUCAUUGGAUGCAUUACAGCUCGGGGACCUUGUUUCCACCCCGAACACCGCACAAGAAGUGAAUAGAUACUUCGCCUGACGGAGUGUCACAACAGGACAUAAACAAUUUGAGAAUGACUACUAAAGGUGUCAAGGUACGGAAUAGAAUAAAGCAUCUCCCAUUCUCUACUUCGCUCACUCAUAUCUGAGCAAUGUCAAUGUCACCUCGCAUAGUUGCUGUGUUUGGAGCCACUGGAACUCAAGGCUCAUCUGUCAUGCAAGCUCUACUAGCAGAUGGUACAUUCGUGCCGCGUGCAAUCACCCGAAACUGCAGUUCGGAGAAAGCGUUGAAGCUGAAGACUCUUGGGGCCGAGGUUGCACAAGCUGAUUUAGGGGACAUUGACUCGUUAAAGCAAGCCCUGUCCGGUGUUGAAGCCGUUUAUGGGAUCACUGACUAUUAUGAUCCCAAAAACGUCACUCAAGGUCACAACAGCGAAAUGCUACUCGGGAAGAAUCUCGUUGACGCUGCCAAAUCAAUGGACGUUAAGUACUUCAUUUGGAGUUCUCUUCCGCAUUGUACAAGGGUGUCCAACGGGAAGUAUGCAAAUGUUUACCAGUUCGACAACAAAGCUGACAUAGAUGACUAUCUACGAGACUCCGGUGUGCCCCAUUCCAUUCUACACACCGGCUGGUUUUCGGAGAAUCUCUGGAAUUACAAUAAUCUCGUCUUUGUGCCGGACUCCGAUUGCCUAGAGCUAAACGUGCCCAGAUAUGACUCUCAAUCUCCUCAGUAUAUCACUUGGGUUGAGCGGGACCUUGGCCAGUGCGCAUUAGCGCUCCUCAAGCACUACAAAGAUCCUGAAUCAGAAAUUCUCUCAUGCACGUUUUAUGCUGUCAGUGCAAAGUUGAACUACAUUCAAUUUGCAUCAAUCCUCCAGCAGGCAUUAGGGAAGCCAGUAUCAUUUGUGUCCUCCCCGACCACUGGAAUGCAGGAAAUGGACGAGAUGUAUGCUUUUCAGUCCGAGUUUGGACUAUACCCGCAUACCACUAUCCCUGAUCCACGAUUAAUCAAUUUAGGGGUGAAGUUCCAUACCAUGGAGGAAUUUUCGCAGGAAAUCAAAGGCAGAUUUGUUUAAAUCUCAUUAUGAACAAA